UUUAGGCGUUCAUUGCUUAUUUGGCAAUUACCACGUAGGGUACUUAUGCAUCAAUGCUGAUAAAUUAGUAGAUUACUAUGCUCUACCUCUGUACAAAAGUCAUGGUUUGUCUCUCAUUCCACUACAUCAUGCCAUAUAUUGAUGGUUGCAGGUUUCAGAACAUGGAUUUCAUAAAACUUGAAAUUCAGUCAGUGUUGCCAACACUGCCAGAACCCUUGCUAUUGGCUGUCGUGGACAAGGUGACCGAGUCGGGUGUUGAAGGAGUACAAGACUUACAAUUCAUUGAAGAAUCUGACUUGGCAGAGCUCCUUAAGCCCGUCCAGAGCCGUAAACUGAUGCGUGCAUGGAAAGCAAAAGGUAAUGAUCAGUCCAGUGGUGUAAGCGUUGUUCAGAAUGAUGUGCCUGUCACGCCUCCUGCAGGUGCAGAGCUGCCACAGCAUGAUUAUCAUCAAGCUAGUACGAGUACAGCAGGUGCUUCAACUUCAUGGUCAAUUACGCCACCAGUGCAGAUGUGUGUCCCCCCAAACUGGUCAGAGACAAUGGACAUACCUUGGAGCAAAAUGCCAGUUGGCAUAACUCAAGCAGUUAAAAAUGCCAAACGACCUUCACCCGCUGAUCGACGGAAAAUGGUUAGAAAAACCGUUGAGUGUAUGCAAAACUUCCAGCUGAACCCGACAAAGUCACAGUGUUCAACAGUAGCAAGACGAAUUGUUUCAAAGCACCCAAACAGUUUUGCAGAUGUGACGGACAAAGGUGAAAAAUUAGGUUCCGGAUACUAUUCUUUGCUGAUGCAGCUCAAGACACGAGUAGAACACGUCAACAGGGAUAAUACAAUGGCACGUAUCAGAAAACGACGCAAAAGUGUCCAACAAGCUGGAGAGGGUGCACCUGCCCGCAAUGUGCCAGUAGACACAUAUGGAUGUGUCAACUGGCAACCCGAAGAAAUGCCGGACGAUGAAAAUGAAGAAAGUUUAGAGGCAAAACGCAGUGCACUGGAAGAGCUGUUCAAUCAGCAUGGCCCAGCCCCAAGUGGAACUUCAGAAAAGAAGAUAGAUGACACCAUGUCCCUAACGUACUUUCUUCUACGGCAGCACAUCAACAACAAAGAUCCAGUUCCAUCCAUCAGUGAACUGAAGCAAAAGUGGCCAUUCCUCUUUGUGCCAAGAUGCUUUUUCGCUCAUUUUAAAUGUCUUACUGGCAUUGAAAUAGUGACGCGCUUGUACGAGGCCUUCCAGAGCAAAGGGAAAAGGAUCCAGGGCUACAUGGAACACCAAAACGAGCAAGUUCGAAAGCAGGUCAAGAACGUCUUGGCCGAUAUACAGUCAGCGCUUCCUGAGGUGGAUGAUGAACACCAGGUACUCUAUCCUGGAGUCAUUCUGUUGAUGAUGGCCUACUUCGAAGAGCCCGAAGAUUCCCUGUUCAUGUUAGCUGACGUGACAGCCACAGCUGCGGAAAUCGAAGCUCUGCCAGACCUGCCUAACACACCAAGGUUGAUAAUGAAAGGGAAUUCCAUUUUGACAGCCCUCAAAUGGAUGCUAUGCAUUGAGGGAAAAGUUGUGUGCGCUUCGAGUUCAACGGACUUUAUGACGGGCCUGGCCUUCUUGUUUGGUUCAUACUACAUACUAAACUUGGAGUACCAGGCGGAAGCUGCCACGACACUGGAGUUCAUACAGAGAUGCUUCAUGCGAAUCAACCCGGAGUCUGGCUCAAAAUGUACAGCAAAGGGUAAAAGCAAACGCACAGGCCAAGAAGUCCAACGAAAGCGUGAACUUAUAAAUUGUCGUGUGGCAACCUUUGUGCGGAAACUGGCCGACCAUGAGUGGACAUGUUGAAAAUCCAAUACCGGUAGCUCUAAUAGUAAUAGCGUGUAAAGGGAACAUACUCACAAGGUCAAAUCCGGACUUUUCCAUUUCAUCAGGCAAAGCUGCGUGAAAUGGAAAAGUCCUUUGUUGUAUAUAACUAAUCAAAAAUUAUAGUGACCUUAAAAAUAUUUCGUCUUGGAGCCAAGACGAAAUAUAUCAGGUCACUACAAUUUUUUGACUGGUAUAUUUCAGGUCAAUUUUCAGUCAGUGAGCAGUUUGCAGAACUUUUAUUAUUCUUAUACGCCGUUGUCUUGUCAUUUGAUUUAUUUUUCCAAUGCCAAAAUGGUGAAAAAUAGUUUUCUUCCUAAAAAAAAAACAAGGUUCAAACAUACAUGUCGAAGGUCAGUUUGCACAAACGAUAUCUCAUGUUGAAAUACAAUUGAUUUGGAAGUUCCAAAAAUGCAAGGUUUGAAAAAGGAUAUAAUUAGAAAAUUGCAAGUGAUAAAAUUAUUGUUGGCGGCAACCUUAGAUAUUUGCGCUGUUGUCCACUGUUCUUGAAAUACAACAUGAUUUUAAAAAGUUCAUUAAAUUAAAAAAGUCUCAUGGUAUUUCAUCAUUUCUGAUUUAUUUUUCAACUGUACAGCUGUAAGUACUAAAGUUUUUUUUAAAACAUUUUUAAUAACUAUACCUCAAACAAUAAUGUGUUUUUCUAAUUCAAAACGGGUUUGGUGACUGCGCUGUUUAAUUUUGUUUCGGACUAUAUUAUAAAACCCACAAAAAUAUAUUUAAAGUUCUGCCACGGAUCACAAAAAAGGUG